CUUUUUUAAACGGUGGCCUCAUCUGUCAAUGUCAAAUUUGUUCUGUUUUUCUGUCUUUGUUGAUAAAUAAGUAAUUUCUUCUUAUAACAAAAAAAAUACAAUUUUACAACUAUAAUUAAACGCAAAAUGGAUGACGAUGAUUACUGGAAUACCAGCGAAACAAAGGAAAAAGCAUUUAGUUUUGAUGACGAUGUACUUUCGCCGCAAGAGAUAUUAGCCAUUGGACAAAAGCCGUAUUCAGGUUCUGGUGAAGAAGGAAUACUCAAUUCAAAUAUUAGCAAUAUUAAACAAGCUUUAGUACCAAUAUCAAGUUUGGUAUCAUCCAAAAUUUUAGACCUAUUGGUACUUGCUCAAUCUGGAAAAGAUCUAAAGGAGACGAAAUCAGAACCAGAGGAAACAGUUGCUAUAACAUUGAAGAGACUUGUUCUUGGACGCAGUUGCUCUCUACAAGUACACAGAAGUCUUAAGAGUAAAACUGAAUUGUUAGAUGGUGCGGUUGCUAUUGGUGAUGGUAAUGCCAUACUUACGGUUGUAUUAUUUCUUAUACAAACAUUAAACAAGAAACUUGUCUAUGAAUUAUUGUCAUCAAGGCCAUUAGCACUCAGUCAUUAUAUUGGUAAUCUUCAAUCGGAGGGAAAGAUAUCUGAACUAACAGACUUGUUAACAAUGCUGGCUCGGAGUCCAGAUUCAGCUAUUUAUCAAUUUCAACACACUGUAAAGAACCAAGGUAGCAAUGUGGACGGCUUGCUACGGAAAACUAACAACUUGUUAGCAAAUCACUUCAAUCAGCCCGGUGUUGAUGCACACCAAGCCAAGAUGGUUGCAGAUUACAUUAAAUUACUAGAAUGGCAGAGUUUAGCUAAGAAGAAUGAACUGAAUAACAAAUCUGCGCUGGAAUGUCUCGCGUACUGCUGCAAGUUGCAUUGGUCGGAGGGAGCGGGGAACAUGAUGUCACCUCUCACUGUAUGUCAGAGGCAACAGAUCAGCCCACUUCAAUAUGAAUGGGUGGUAUUAAAUGUACAAGCCAAUUUGAACAAGUGGGAUAUUGUCGAAUCUCUCUUCACAAAAAAGGACUGGCUUGGUCGUACCACUCUAUCAUCACACAUUCCAGUAGAAAGUUUACUGGCGAGGUUAAGUGAGCUGCGCGCUGGCGGGCGGCUGCUUGCCACUGCGGUCAACACAGUUACCAAUACUGAGGAAAGACUGAGACUCGCGCAUAAGUACAAGAUACACUCAGUGGUGAUAGAAACUUUCGCUAAACAGAAAGAUAGAGCAGCGCUAACGAACUAUAAAAUGACAUUGAAUCCUCAGUCUGAAGAAUAUAUUUACGCAGAGAAUACAUUGAGAGAAAGUUCUAUAAAAUGGAAGAAUUAAUUUGAUUGUGCAUAUACAACAAAUUGGAGGAUCAAAAUCCUAAAGCUUUGAGUUAUUGGAUUUUGAGCUUAAAUUUUUAUAAAUACAAACAAGCACAAGCCUUUGUAGUUGCCAAUUCCUUGGUUAAAAUAAUCUAUAUUAAUUUCUAAAAAUAAAACUUACUAAAAGUAAACUUUAAUAAAUUAAA